AAAAUGAGUGGUUUUUAACACUUUGGAUAUCAAAAACACAACAAACAAUAAUAGAAUGUGUUGUCCAUGGAACAUAAUCAGCUUACGGGUUCUAUACCAUUCACAAUAUUCAAUAUUUCUAGAAUUGAACUCAUUGUAUUUUCAAACAAUAGCUUAUCAGGAAAUCUUCCUAAUGGUUUAUGCAAUGGUCUUCCAAUACUCAAAAGGCUUCAUCUAUCAAUGAACGAGCUUCGUGGCCAUCUGCCUACAAGCUUGUCAAAUUGUUCACAACUACAAGUAUUAUCUUUAGCAUUUAAUGAUUUUGAUGGACGAAUACAUAGUGAAAUUGGAAGAUUGAGUAACUUGCAGGGAUUGUAUCUUCGAAACAACCAUUUCACAGGGAUUAUUCCACAAGAGAUCGGAAAUCUUGUUAAUUUGGUGGAAUUAUACAUGGAGGCAAACCAGAUUAGCGGCUCUAUCCCGAUCUCCCUAAUCAAUAUCUCAUCGUUGGAAACUGUUUCACUAUGGAGGAACAAUUUCAAGGGAUCCUUACCACGGGAGAUUGGCAACUUAACCAAGUUGCAAGUUUUAUAUCUUAGCGAAAAUAGGUUUACUGGUGAAAUACCCAAAGAGAUGAGCAAUCUCGUUGAGUUGCAGGUACUUGCUCUUGGGCUUAAUAGUUUUAGUGGUUUGCUUCCAAUGGAGAUCUUCAACAUAUCGCGACUGAGAAUAAUUCAACUUUCAGGCAAUACUCUAUCGGCAACUCUACCACCAAACAUAGGUUCUACCUUACCCAACAUCGAAGUGCUUUCUAUGGGUCUCUUAACCAAUCUUGUUGGGACUAUUCCUCAUUCUAUCUCCAAUUGUUCAAAGCUGACUAUACUAGAACUUUCACGUAACAAACUCAGUGGCUUAAUACCCAGUUCUCUUGGAUAUUUGACUCAUUUAAACUUCCUAAACUUGUGGGGAAACAAUUUAACCAGUGAUUCAUUUUUAAGCUUCCUCACUUCCUUAACCAAUUGCAGAAAUUUAAAUUUUCUUUCUCUGUCUUUCAACCCUCUAAAUGCCAUGCUUCCGGUCUCCGUAGGGAACUUCUCCAAAUCUCUUGUAAAGUUUGAUGCCAGUGAAUGCAACAUCAAAGGAAAGAUUCCAAAUGAAGUUGGAAACUUAAGCAGCUUGUUAGACCUUCAUCUUUCUGAUAAUAACUUCAUUGGAUCAAUUCCUACAUCAAUUGGCAACUUGAGAAACAUUCAGUACUUCAACUUGAACCACAACAAUCUUACAGGAUUUAUUGGAGAUAACAUUUGUAAAUUGCAGUAUUUGAGUGAAAUUUACUUGGGACAAAAUCAACUUUCAGGAUCUCUUCCUAAUUGUUUAGGGAAUGUUACUUCCCUUAGAUGGAUAUAUCUUGCUUCCAAUAAAUUGAGUUCCAAUUUACCAACAAGCUUAGGAAAUCUUAAAGAUUUACUAGUUCUUGACUUAUCAUCAAACAACAUGGUUGGCUCUUUACCUCCGGAAAUUGGAUAUCUAAAGGCUGCAAUAUAUAUGAAUCUGUCAAUGAAUCAAUUCACAAAUGGAAUUCCUACAGAAAUUGGAGGAUUGCAAAAUCUGGAGCACCUUUAUUUGAGACACAACAAGUUGCAAGGAUCAAUACCUGACUCAAUGAACAACAUGGUAAGUUUGGAAUACCUAGACAUUUCUCAUAAUAAUAUAUCGGGAACUAUUCCCAUGUCUUUGGAGAAACUACAAUACCUCGAGUAUUUCAAUGUUUCUGACAACAAAUUGUAUGGUGAAAUACCCUCGGGGGGUCCUUUCAAGAACCUCUCCAGUCUGUUUUUCAUCAACAAUGAAGCAUUGUGUGGUUUGUCAAGGUUUAAUGUCCCACCAUGCCCCACAUCAUCAACGCAUAGAUCAAAUAGGAACAAACUGCUACUGCUACUUCUUGUGCUGGGAAUUGCACUUGUAUUUGUUCCUGUUACCUUUGUGUUCCUAUGGAUAAAGCAUAGAAGAGGUAAAAGAGAUCCUCAACAAGCUGAUUCAUUGCCUAUGGCAACAUUGGAAAGAAUUUCAUACUAUGAACUGCUCCAAGCUACUGAUUCGCUUAGCGACAGUAAUCUGAUUGGUUCUGGAAGUUUUGGCUCUGUUUACAAAGGCGUUCUCAGAAGUGGAACUGCCAUUGCAGUUAAAGUGUUCAAUCUGCAACUGGAAGCGGCAUUCAAGAGUUUUGAUACAGAAUGUGAAGUGUUGUGCAGCCUUCGCCACAGGAAUCUCGUGAAAGUCAUCACUAGUUGCUCCAACCUGGAUUUUAAGGCUUUAGUGCUCGAGUAUAUGCCUAAUGGAAGUCUUGACAAGUAUUUGUAUUCGCACAACUACUUCCUAGAUAUCAGCCAGAGACUAAGCAUUAUGAUAGAUGUGGCAUGUGCUUUGGAAUAUCUUCACCACGGAUGCUCCUCGCCCGUGAUUCACUGUGAUCUAAAGCCCAGUAACAUCUUGUUGGAUGAGGAUAUGGUUGCUCACCUAGGUGACUUUGGUAUUUCAAAACUGCUUGGUGAAGAUGAGAGUGAUUUAUACACAAAAACCUUAGCAACAUUUGGUUAUAUUGCACCGGAGUAUGGACUGGAUGGACUGGUGUCGAUAAAAUGUGAUGUCUACAGUUACGGGAUUAUGUUGCUGGAAACAUUUACCAGGAGAAAGCCUAGUGAGUUUGAGGGAGAUCUUAGCUUGAAGCAAUGGGUGAGUUAUUCACUCCCAGAGGCAGUAAUGAACGUUGUAGAUGCCAAUUUGGUAACACCAAUGGAUCAUCGCUUACAGAAGAAGCUAGAUGUUGUGGCAUCAAUCAUGAAAGUGGCAUUAGAUUGUUGUGCUGAAUCUCCGGCAACAAGGACAAACAUGAAAGAUGUUGUAGGGAUGCUAGAGAAGAUCAUGAUUCAACUUCUUGCACGCUGAGCAUGUUAUCGGAAUCUCUUUUUCCAAAUUGAUUGCUUGUUUGUUUUAUGGGAAGAAUAUUGCUUUUUUUGUUUUA